AUGGAUUACACGGGUGUUCCAAAUACCCGUGUGUUCCAAAUGCCCGUGGAAUACUCGCCCACCCACCAGGCUCCGGUACAACCCCCACGCUUAGGACAACCUCCAACUUGGCAAAUUAGAUGGAAUCUGGAGGAGGAGGGUCCGCUCAGCCCAAGAGACUUCAUCCAUCCAAACGAUAUAUCACUUGGGGAUAAACUGUGGAAUGUGUUACUAUACCAGCUCCUCCCAUAUACAACUUCCGUAAAAAUAUACAAGUUACUUUCAAUCCUCGGCCUCCGCGCGGCGAGCGCUCUCGAACCAUCCGGCUUGACAUCUACAACGAUAAUUCCGAACUAUGGCCCAGACCUGAUGUUCCACUUCCUCUUUGCUUACGGCAUCCUCUCGUCGCGCACGUUGAAACGCUACUAUAAAAUUGACCACAAUGUCUCCCCACAGGAAGACCUGACAAAGUAUGGUGAAGCUGCCAGGCGAGAUGGCAAACUCACACGACCCCAAUUGGAGUUGCUGAGAAGGAACGAAGCGGCACAUGCCAACGCGGUUGAGAAUUACACCCUUCUGGUUGCAGCUAUUGUGCUCGCUACUGGUACUGGCGUUUGA